GAAAGUAGAAGCACCUGCCACUGCGAGAGCGAGCGUGUGGUGUGAGUAGAUCGACGACGACGACAGACAUGGCGAUGAGGAAGGAGGCAGUGCCAGUGGUGGCCGUGAUGCUAAUGCUGGUGGUGCUGGCCCCAGGCAAGGCGCGGGCGGCGUGCGAGGUGACGCAGCUGGCGGUGUGCGCGUCGGCGAUCCUGGGCGGGACGAAGCCCAGCGGCGAGUGCUGCGGCAACCUGCGGGCGCAGCAGGGGUGCUUCUGCCAGUACGUCAAGGACCCCAACUACGGGCACUACGUCAACAGCCCCCACGCCCGCGAGACACUCCAGACCUGCGGCAUCGCCCUCCCGCACUGCUAGGCCCCCUAUAGCUGGCUGAGUCUACUCUGCUAGGGUAGCUAGGUACCUCCAUGAAUCUAUCUAGCUAUCCUAGCUGAGUAAGUGCAUGCGGUGCAAGUAUGUUGACAUGUUGGAAUAAAACGAUGGUGAGAUCUACGGCGCCAGGCUGCUGGCCGCUAAACUUGUGCUGGAGCUUGCACAGGAUCCAUUGACUUGUGUCA